GAAAAACGCCUCGCGAGUGUCCCGCCACUGCGCACGCGCGAGAGCUUGUCACGUGGCUUCCCGGGCUGACGAGGCUGACAGGCGGAGCCUCGCGCGCUAGCUUCCGCUGCCGUUUCGUUUCAGGGCUCCAACCCUGGGUUCGCGCUGCCGCCGCCGCCGCCGCCGCCGCCGCCGCGGGGCAAACGGGAGGCGCAGAGCCAAGCGACAGGCACGUGGCCGAAUGGCCAUGGGCCCGCGCCAGGUCCGGUGACAGCAAGGACCGGAGCGGCCCGGGCCCUGAGCGCGUCUCCUUCGGGGGGCCUCGCCCUCCUGCUUGCGGGGCCGGGGCUCCUGCUGCCGUUGCUGGCGCUGCUCUUGGCGGCGGCGGCGGCCAGGAUCAUGUCGGGCCGCCGCUGCGCCGGAGGGGGCGCGGCCUGCGCGAGCGUGGUGGCCGAGGCUAUAGAGCCGGCCGCCCGCGAGCUGUUCGAGGCGUGCCGUAACGGGGACGUGGAGCGAGUCAAGAAGCUGGUGACGCCCGAGAAGGUGAACAGCCGCGACACGGCGGGCAGGAAAUCCACCCCGCUGCACUUCGCCGCAGGUUUUGGGCGAAAAGAUGUAGUUGAAUAUUUACUUCAGAAUGGUGCAAAUGUCCAAGCACGAGAUGAUGGGGGGCUUAUUCCUCUUCAUAAUGCAUGUUCUUUUGGUCAUGCUGAAGUAGUCAAUCUUCUUUUACAACAUGGUGCAGACCCAAAUGCUCGAGAUAAUUGGAAUUAUACACCUCUCCAUGAAGCUGCAAUAAAAGGGAAGAUUGAUGUUUGCAUUGUGCUCUUACAACAUGGAGCAGAGCCAGCCAUCCGGAAUACAGAUGGAAGGACAGCAUUGGAUUUAGCAGACCCAUCUGCCAAAGCAGUGCUGACUGGUGAAUACAAGAAAGAUGAACUCUUGGAAAGUGCCAGGAGUGGCAAUGAGGAAAAAAUGAUGGCGCUACUUACACCAUUAAAUGUCAACUGCCAUGCAAGUGAUGGUAGAAAGUCAACUCCAUUGCAUUUGGCAGCAGGAUACAACAGAGUAAAGAUUGUACAGCUGUUACUGCAGCAUGGAGCUGAUGUCCAUGCUAAAGAUAAAGGUGAUCUGGUGCCAUUACACAAUGCCUGUUCUUAUGGUCAUUAUGAAGUAACUGAACUUCUGGUCAAGCAUGGUGCCUGUGUAAACGCAAUGGACUUGUGGCAAUUCACUCCUCUUCAUGAGGCAGCUUCUAAGAACAGAGUUGAAGUGUGUUCUCUUCUCCUAAGUUAUGGCGCAGAUCCAACACUGCUGAAUUGUCAUAAUAAAAGUGCUAUAGAUCUGGCUCCCACACCACAGUUAAAAGAAAGAUUAUCAUAUGAAUUUAAAGGCCAUUCAUUGCUGCAGGCUGCACGGGAAGCUGAUGUUACACGAAUCAAGAAACAUCUCUCUCUGGAAAUGGUGAAUUUCAAGCAUCCUCAAACACAUGAAACAGCAUUGCAUUGUGCUGCUGCAUCUCCAUAUCCCAAAAGAAAACAAAUAUGUGAAUUGUUGCUAAGAAAAGGAGCUAACAUCAAUGAAAAGACUAAAGAAUUCUUGACUCCUCUGCACGUGGCAUCUGAAAAAGCUCAUAAUGAUGUUGUUGAAGUAGUGGUGAAACAUGAAGCAAAGGUCAAUGCUCUAGAUAAUCUUGGUCAGACAUCUCUGCACAGAGCUGCACAUUGUGGUCAUCUACAAACAUGCCGCCUACUUCUGAGCUACGGGUGUGAUCCUAACAUUAUAUCCCUGCAGGGCUUUACUGCACUGCAGAUGGGAAAUGAAAAUAUCCAGCAAGUGCUCCAAGAGGGUAUCCCAUUAGGUAAUUCAGAAGCAGACAGACAGUUGCUGGAAGCUGCGAAGGCUGGAGAUGUAGAAACUGUAAAAAAACUGUGUACUGUUCAGAGUGUCAAUUGCAGAGACAUUGAAGGGCGUCAGUCUACACCACUUCAUUUUGCAGCUGGGUAUAACAGGGUGUCUGUAGUAGAAUAUCUGCUGCAGCAUGGAGCUGAUGUGCAUGCUAAAGAUAAAGGAGGCCUUGUACCUUUGCACAAUGCGUGUUCUUAUGGACAUUAUGAAGUUGCAGAACUUCUUGUUAAGCAUGGAGCAGUAGUUAAUGUAGCUGAUUUGUGGAAAUUUACACCUUUACAUGAAGCUGCAGCAAAAGGAAAAUAUGAAAUUUGCAAACUUCUACUGCAGCAUGGUGCAGAUCCUACAAAGAAAAACAGGGAUGGGAAUACUCCUUUGGAUCUUGUUAAAGAUGGAGAUACAGAUAUUCAGGAUCUACUUAGAGGAGAUGCAGCUUUAUUAGAUGCUGCGAAAAAGGGUUGUUUAGCCAGAGUGAAGAAAUUGUCAUCACCUGAUAAUGUGAAUUGCCGAGAUACUCAAGGCCGACAUUCUACACCUUUACAUUUAGCAGCUGGUUAUAAUAACUUAGAAGUUGCAGAAUAUUUGUUACAACAUGGAGCUGAUGUGAAUGCCCAAGACAAAGGAGGUCUUAUUCCUUUACAUAAUGCAGCAUCUUAUGGGCAUGUGGAUGUAGCAGCUUUACUAAUAAAGUAUAAUGCAUGUGUCAAUGCAACGGACAAAUGGGCUUUCACACCUUUGCAUGAAGCAGCCCAAAAGGGCCGGACACAGCUUUGUGCUUUAUUAUUGGCCCAUGGAGCUGAUCCUACUCUUAAAAAUCAGGAAGGACAAACGCCUUUAGAUUUGGUUUCAGCGGACGAUGUCAGUGCUCUCCUGACAGCAGCCAUGCCCCCAUCUGCUCUGCCUUCGUGUUACAAACCUCAGGUGCUCAAUGGUGUGAGAAGCCCUGGAGCCACUGCAGAUUCUCUGUCCUCAGGUCCAUCCAGCCCGUCAAGCCUUUCUGCAGCCAGCAGUCUUGACAACUUAUCUGGGAGUUUUUCUGAACUGUCUUCAGUAGUUAGCUCAAGUGGAACGGAGGGUGCUUCCAGUUUAGAAAGGAAGGAAGUUCCAGGAGUAGAUUUUAGCAUAACUCAGUUUGUAAGGAAUCUUGGACUUGAGCACUUAAUGGAUAUAUUUGAGAGAGAACAGAUCACUUUGGAUGUAUUAGUCGAAAUGGGGCACAAGGAGCUGAAGGAGAUUGGAAUCAAUGCAUAUGGUCACAGACACAAACUAAUUAAAGGAGUUGAAAGACUUAUUUCUGGACAGCAAGGUCUUAACCCAUAUUUGACUUUGAACAACUCUGGUAGUGGAACAAUUCUCAUAGAUUUGUCUCCUGACGAUAAAGAGUUUCAGUCUGUGGAGGAAGAGAUGCAGAGUACAGUCCGAGAACACAGAGAUGGUGGUCAUGCAGGUGGCAUCUUCAACAGAUACAAUAUUCUCAAGAUUCAGAAGGUUUGUAACAAGAAACUAUGGGAAAGAUAUACUCAUCGGAGAAAAGAAGUUUCUGAAGAAAAUCACAACCAUGCAAAUGAGAGAAUGCUAUUUCAUGGGUCUCCCUUUGUGAAUGCAAUUAUCCAUAAAGGUUUUGACGAAAGGCAUGCAUAUAUUGGUGGCAUGUUUGGAGCUGGGAUUUAUUUUGCUGAAAAUUCUUCCAAAAGCAAUCAAUAUGUGUAUGGAAUUGGAGGGGGUACUGGGUGUCCAGUUCACAAGGACAGAUCUUGUUACAUUUGCCACAGGCAGCUGCUCUUUUGCCGGGUAACCUUAGGAAAGUCUUUUCUGCAGUUUAGUGCAAUGAAAAUGGCACAUUCUCCUCCAGGUCAUCAUUCAGUCACUGGUCGGCCCAGUGUAAAUGGCCUAGCAUUAGCUGAAUAUGUUAUUUAUAGAGGAGAACAGGCUUAUCCUGAAUAUUUAAUUACUUACCAGAUUGUGAGGCCUGAAGGUACAGUUGAUGGAUAAAUAGCUGGCUUUAGGAACCUAAUUCCAGAGAACCUAAAAUCACUGAAGUAACUGAUGGCCUCAAAGUUUACUCCUUUGCUGAAAAAAAAUUCAUCUAUCCCACAGGCCUGUGGCAAAAGGAUAAAAAAUGUGAAAGAAGUUAAACAUUCUGACUUGAUGAAGCUUUAAUAGUGUACAGUGUUUUCUAAGUAGUUCCUGUUUUUCAGCACUUUAACAGAUGCCAUUCCAGGUUAAACUGGGUUUGUCUGUGCUAAAUUAUUAAGCGUUAACUUGAACCUUUUAUACAUUAUGCAGUGAUUCUAAUGGAACUCAUUUCCCUCAAUGCCCUCAACAGAACUCAUUUUACUAAAAUAGUACUGUGUUCUUUAAAACACAGCAUUUACACUGAACACAAAUUCAUUUGUAAAACUGUAAAUAAGAGCUUUUGUACUAGUCCAAUAUUUAUUUACUUUUCUUUGUAAUAUAAAUGUACUCCACUGCAGCAGUUUACAAAAUUUUUUCCAUAUGUAUUACUCAUCUGUACUUCACCUUUCAUCAUCCUGAUUGAGUGACCUUUAUAUUUGAUUCCAGAGGCUAAGUUGUUAGUAGAGACUUUGUUGGGAAAUUUUGAAUUAUCAGAUUAAUUUGUUGUUGGAACCAUUUAUCUCUAAUUAAAAAUAUUUUGUCAUUUAAGGAAGGUUUGAAUACCCUGCGGAUGUAAUUUGUGAUGCCUUUGUAUGUAUAAGAUACACAUUCCAAAGAACUCUAAUUAUGGUAGAUUCUGAUUACUCAAGAAACUUCUUUUCUGACCUGAAACUCCAUUGAGUUCCAUCUGAAGGUUUUCCAGUGACACUCUGUGAAAAUUAGGGAUUUUCACGCUUCUAUUUUUUAGGGAUUACUUUUGAAUAUUUAUGGUGUUCCUAUCAUGUAGUAUAAAUAGAAGUUAAAUUUCGGAGUUGGGAGGAGUAAUCCAGCUAAUUCCCCAACUGGUUUUAAUUACUUUGCAUCUAAAAUAGGCGAGAAAAUGGUAAAUGGAAGUUUGUAGUAUUUUUUUCCUGUUGUUUUACUCAAUUUUUUUCUUGUCCUUAUUAUUUAUAGCCAGCUACACCAUAAGUAAACUCAAAAGUCGUAAGUGUAGGUAUCUCUAGUCCUUCCAUGGCCUCCUAAAUGGGCAAAUGCAGUGAGACUAAGUUGCCCCUUCCUAAUGUUCCGCCCUGUUGGAAUGUGCUUUCAGUUUGUGCUCCACAUGGUGACCAGGCUUGUGUGCAGUUUGGCAGCUGUGAAAAGAAUACCCCAUAAAAUGUCAUUCCUGUUUUCUAAAGUAAGUCUCUCUUCCAUAAAGCAUACUCAAGUAUCUUAGUACAGAGCCUGUUGGCCUUAGCUCCUUCAGAAGUCAAGGAAAGAUUUUACCCACUUUAGUCUUUGUAAAGGAGAUGUCACACUCUGUCCAAGUUCACCUGUGUUUCACGUUUUAUUCCGUAUGUAACUGAUCCCUUGAUUAUACAGAGUGCUGAAUAAGAGUUAAAUCCAAGUAAAUGCAUUUCUGGAGUUGUUUCUGAUAUAAGUUGUGAUCAUAUUUAAGAAGUCAAAUCCUGACCUUUGAAGUACUUUUGUAUAUCUCUUUACUAAUUGCAAAUAUUGAUGCUACAGUCAUUUCUUGGAAGACAAAUGGAAUAUGCCAAGUUUUAUAUACAUUUUUCAAGUUCUCUAAGCAUCGUAAGUUUUAUAAUUAGGAGAUGAUGAAAUGAAUUAAUAGAAUUUAUAUUUACAUAUCUUCUCUCUCAACAUUUAGCCUAUAUUACCCUGUGAGUGAAUCUGCAGUUGUCAUCUGAAAUCAUUGUGGUCUGUUAGCUUACAGUAUUACAAACUGUGUUAUUUCAUCUUAUCCACAUUGCUUAAUUAAUGUAUUGUUUUUCCAUGAAUUAUUAUACUGUGGUUAGUACGUUAGCAUGGCAGUAUUUUCAGGUAGCUUUUCAUUUAUUGGAUGGCUGGGGUUGAGGGUUAUUUUUCAGUGCUUUGCAUGAAAUACCUUUAAAGUUAUGGAAUUGCUUUUUCUUUUGUCUUGUGAUUUUUUUUUUUUUUUGAAGUGGAAUUUAUUUUUGUGUGUGUCUGUAGUACCAUUAUGCCCAUCUUAAGUGUCUUAUCCUGUAUCACAUUCCAUACCCUCAUUUAAUUCUAAAUAAACUGUUUACUUGUU